AUGAAUGGUGAACAAAAUAAAGAAGAAGAUUUGGAUGAAAAUAAUCUUGGUAAUCUUCGUUCAUCUUCAAAUAGUACAACAUCAAGUGUAUCUUGUCGAUCAUCGUCUAUUUGCACAACAAGUGUUCUACGAAAACAGCAACAAAUAAAUCGACGUCGAGCAUUUUUUCAAGAUGAUGUUAUUGUCACACCUAAUAACAAUAAUACUAAUCAUUUAUCAACAAACGAUGAUAAUCAACAAAUAUUAACGACAAAUAAUGAUAAUGAUGAAAUAACAAAUGAAGAAAAUUCAACAGGACUUACAAAUAAUAAUGAAGAAAAUCAAACAAAUAAACCAUUUAAAAGAAAAGUUGUUUCAUUUAGUACGAUGCCAUUUGAGAAGAAAGUCGCUGAUGUUUGUGAUUGUCUUCGUUAUAUGCAAGAAGGAAGUGAUUUUCUUAAAGUUCGUUCAUAUGCACGUCAAUUUCGUCGUUUAUAUAAACUUAAUGAUACAUUAACAGCAAUUAGUUGGUAUCCAACAUCUAAAAAACCAUCAAAAGCUACUAUUACAAUUGAUUCGAUCAAAGAAAUACGAUUAGGAAAAACAACUGAACGUCUUCGUGAAUAUACACAUCAAUUUCAAAAUGAAUCACUUUUUUCGAUUAUUUAUACUAAUGGAAGUAAUCAAUAUGUUUCAUUAGAUCUUGUAGCAAGUAGUGCUGAUGAAGCAAAUAUAUGGGUAACUGGUUUAUCAUGUCUUAUUUCUGGUCAAGGAACUGCACCAUCAACAGCAGAUUUUGAAGAUCGUCAACAAAUGCGUGAUCGAUGGUUACGUGAUGCAUUUGCAGUCGGUCUACCGACAUUAACAAAUGAACCUGAGCAAAUAAAUCCAGAUGAAAAUCGACCAGUUACAAAUACAAAUACAAAUUCAAUUGAUGAAGAAGAAGCUGUGAGAUUAUUAAUUGAUUAUGGUAUUUCAGAAGAUAAAGCUAAAGUUCGAUUACAAGAAAUCCAAGCGAAUAAACCAGAAGAUGCACGAGGAUAUUUUACAACUAAUGAACUUAUUAAUGUAUUCAAAGAACUUUCAACUCGACCUGAAAUCUAUCAUCUACUUGUCAGAUAUUCUCGUAAUCAAGAUUUUUUAUCAACUGAAGAUCUAACAUUAUUUCUCGAAGCUGAACAAGGCAUGUCAAAAAUAACCAGUGAAAAAUGUACAGAAAUCAUUCAAGAAUUUGAACCAUCAACAGAAGCUAAGCUUUUAGGACAUUUAGGCAUUGAUGGUUUUACUAAUUAUCUUCUAUCACCUGAAUGUGAUAUAUUUAAUCCAAAUAAUCGAAGUGUAUGUCAAGAAAUGGAUCAUCCACUUAAUCAUUAUUUUAUUGCGUCAUCACAUAAUACAUUUCUUUUGGCUGAUCAAUUAAAAGGUCCAUCAAGUGUUGAUGGAUUUAUUCACGCAUUAAUGCGUGGAUGCCGUUGUUUAGAACUACAUUGUUUUGAUGGAGUUGAUGGUCAACCAUUAAUUCAUAACGGAACAUUAACAUCUCGUAUUCCUUUAAAUGAAGCGCUUGAAGCGAUUAAUAAUUAUGCUUUUGAAACAUCAAGUUAUCCACUAAUAUUAUGUAUUGAGUUACAAUGUAGUGUUAGUCAACAAGAACGUGUCGCUCAAUUAUUUAUUGACAUAUUCGGUGACAAAAUCUUUCUUGAUCAUUUAACAACUGAUAUAAAUACGCUAUCAAAUGAAUAUCGUCCUCUUCCAACACCAAAUGAUUUACGUGGAAAGAUUAUUAUUAAGAGUAAAAAAUUACCUCCAUCAUUUUCAAAUGAAAUCAAUAAAGAAUAUGGAGAGAUAACAGAUGAUGAAGAUUGUUAUGAAGAUAACAGAAGACGAUCGAAAAAAGAUAUGAGUAGUAAAAGACAUCGACGAUUAGCUCUUGCUUUCUCCGAUCUUGUUACUCUACUUCGUUCGGCACCAUUUGAAGAUUUCGAAACAUCAUUUAAUGAACAACAAUCCGGACAAGUUUGUGCAUUUAGUGAAAAUGCUGGUUUACGUUUAGCAACAAGUGAUGCUGAAGAAUUUGUUAAUUAUAAUAAACGUUUUCUUUCACGUAUAUCUCCUGGUACAUGGCGUGUUGAUUCAUCAAAUUUAAAUCCACAAGAUUUCUGGAAUGUUGGCUGUCAAAUGGUUUCAAUGAAUUAUCAAACAGCUGGCAAAUUUAUGGAUGUUUAUUUUGGUCGAUUUUUAAGUAAUGGCGGAUGUGGUUAUGUACUUAAACCAACAUAUUUACGUUACGAUAAUGCAGCUGCUGCUGCAGCAGCUUCGUCAUCAAUUGUUAGUGGAAGACUUUCAACAAAUCUUUAUUCAUCAAAUACACCACAAAUACUUCAUAUUAAAGUAAUUAGUGCUUUACAUCUUCCAAAACCUGAACAAGCAGAAUUAAAAACAAAUUCUGUUGAUCCAUAUGUUGUUGUACAGAUAUUUGGUGUACCAAGAGAUUGUGAUGAAGUACGAACAAAAACCGUGUAUCAUAAUUGGGAAAGUCCACAAUUUAAUGAAGCAUUUGAAUUCGAAAUAGCUUUUCCUGAAUUAGCACUUGUUAGAUUUGUUGUACUUGAUGAUGAAUCACUUGAUUAUGAUUUUAUCGGACAAUAUACAUUACCAUUUGAUUGUAUUCAACCAGGUUAUAGACAUAUUCAUCUUUAUACUAUUGGUGGUGAUCUCAUUGCCAAUGCCUAUCUCUUUGUGCACAUUGUUAUCAACAGCAAAUCAUUAGCUGUUAAACCUCGUCGAUCAUUAUCCCGUUAUCGUCGUUCCUUAUUACGUCGUAAAUUACGUGUUGCCGCAUUUCGACCCGUAAAUCAUCGACAAAUCGAUGAUCUAUUCAAAUCUGUUGUUCAACCAUUGGAGACAGCAUUUGAAUAUCGACAUGCUGUUGAACAAAGUCUUUGCGAAUUAAAUGAAAUGUGUGGUUUACCUGACAUAUCAAAUGUUAAACAAUGUGUAAGAAAAAUUGCUGGUCGAUUACAAAAAGCCAAUCUUGUUGGUGCUGUUACUAUUCGAAAUCAAUCCGAUAUACCAAUUUUCGAAUAUUCUACAACACUACCUGAAUUAUCUCGUCAAAGUGUUGUUGCUUUAGAAGAAGUUAUUAAUCGAUGUCGAGCAUUAGUUGAUAAUGGUAGUGUGAUACACAAAAAAUUAUUUGGUGUACAAGCUGAAGUAUGCGAAUUAAGUAAAGACAUUCCAAAAUUACUUGAAGCAAAUGGUUUACGUGGAAAAAAAUUUACGAAAGCAAUUGAUAAUUUUUCAUAUAAUCUUGCUUUAUUACAUGGUCAAACAGAUUUAUUAAAUAAAGCUAAACAAGAUGCGAAUGUUACUAUUCGACAAAUUCUUGAGGCAGCUGAAACAACACAUUUACUUGUACAAUCCGAAUAG